AUGGAUCAGCAGCCGCUCCAAGAGGCGGUGGCCGAGCCGAUGGCUGCGCCCGCGGAAGUUCCCGCGGCGCCCGUCAUCGAGCCGGAUCCGCCCGCUCCGCCCGCCCCGGAAGCGCCCGCGCCGGCCCCCGAGCCACCCGCUCCAGAGCCCGCUGCGGAAAUUCCACCCGCCGAUCCGACGCCGGAUCCCGAACCCGUGGAAGAGACGCAGCCCGCGGCCGCCCCGGAGGUCGCGCCCGAGCCCGAGCCCCCGGCAGCGCCCGAGCCCGUCACGGACGAGCCCCCGGCGCCGGCGGCCGCCCCGGAGCCCGAGCCCCCCGUGGUCGCGGAGGUUCCCGAGGCGGAGGUUCCCGAGGUUCCCGCCGAGGCAAUUCAGACCGCCCCGGAUGAGCCCGAGCCCGAGGGCAGGCCCCGCCGCAAGCGCGAUCGCGGUGACGCGGGCAUCGACGCCGGCGGCAGGGCGCAGUCCGCCCGCACCGGCGGCCUGUUGACCACCGCGUCCAGCCGCCAGGAGCGUAAGGCGCUGGAGGAGGAAGCGAUCUACCGACGCGAGCGCACGCUCGACAUGUACCACGCGGUCGAAUCCCUCUGCUUUUACAACGCGAAGGAGAUCGCGUCCCAGAUGCAGGUGGUCGACGGCGCCCUCACCGUGCGGGUGCCCCACGGCCCCACCGUGAUGCGCGUGAUCGUCGCGGACUUCCUCGAGCAACUCCCCGUGCACAUCCUCGGCCUGCGGGCCCUUUCCAAGGAGCAGCGCGAGGCGUGGUUCCCCGGAGACGAAACCCACUGGAACCUCGAAUCCGCCGAUCAGCUCCCGGGAUACAUCCGCCGGGCGCUCACGCUGCUCGAGACCCUGUGCGAGGUGGCGGCCAGCGGCAAGCACCGCAGGCUCUACCAGCGCAUCUCGUCCGACGCGGUCAACGCCGUCCAGGACCUCGCCAUGCUCUCCGCCCUCGAGCUCGCGAGCAGGAAGAAGAUCAAGCGCAAGAUUGGCUUCAGGGGCGCCGACGACGAGGAGACCAAACGCGACGCGGCGGAGUUUUUGGAGUGCGCGAGGACCGCCGCGCAGACCCUGAAGGCCGUCUGCACCCUGUACGAGUGGAGGGACCAGUACGUCGCCGCGGCGGCGGCCACGUAUCCGCCAAAAUCGGACCGAAAACCCGACGGAGCCCCCGGGUCCGACUCGCUCUUCGACGCCGUGGUCAACGCGGCGUUUUGCGCCGUGCGACGAGCCACCCCGGUUCCCAGCGUCGGAACCCUUCGAUCCAUCCUCGACGUGGCGCCCGCGCGGGGAAUGCUCGCGGGCGCCGCGCGUUUGGCGUGCGUCGACGGGUGCGCCGCCGUUUUGGCUCGCGGCGGCGUCGAUCGACUCAGGCCGACGCUGCGGCUGGGAUUAGCCGCGGUGAGGCUCGCCGCCGCGGCUCCGGACGAUCCCGCGCCCGCGGUGGCCCUCGCGUGCGCCCGCGCCCUUCACGCCGGGGAAACCGCGUUCCCGGAGCUCACGCCCGAACAGACGGAGGCGGCGGCGGUUCGCGAGGGCUUGCUUCCCGUGGCGACGCACGGAUGCGCGCUGCUGCAGACGCUGCUGGACCUCGACCUCGAGGAGCCGACGCCGUUUUCGUUCCUCGACGCGGCGGCUGCCGACGACGGGGACGACGGGUGCGCCGCCUUGCUCGCCGCCGCGGUGGGCAGCGUGCUUCGCCAAACGUCCGAGCAGGUCAACGCGCAGACGGAGGCGGCCGCCGCGGGAUGGCGCGGCGAGGAGGGCGUCGGUUGGGUCUUUGCCGGCGACGCCGAGGCGGAGGCGGCGCGAGCGGAGGGCGGCGGGAUGAUGGCCAUGAUGGAGGCUGGCGGCGGGGAGGAGGAGGAGGCAAAGGCGCUAAACCCCAAGGCGGAUGCGACGGACGGAACGACGGACGCUGACGGGGCGAACGGGGAAGGUGGGGAGGAGCCCGAGAGCCCGCCCGAGAAGCUCGCGCUACCCGCGCCCGUCGGCAAAGGGUCCGGCGCGCUCAUCCUCGCGGCGAUGCGUUCCGCCGAAGCCUUAUCCGUCGACUCCGCGACGCAGGACGCGACCAUGGAAGCGCUCGCGGCGCCCCUCGCGCGCGCGCUCGCGCUCCCCGAGGACGUCUUCAAGCAGUGGUGGUGCGGGGGGGCGGCGGCCAAGUUUGUGCACGGAGACGAUUCCGACAUCGCCGCCGCCGCCGCCGCCGCCGCCGCCGACGCCGGGGUGCAAGACGGUCCCGCGGGGGUGCCGGCUCUGACCCAGGUGACCGUCAACGCCGACCCGGGCUGCCGCAUCCCCUACGCGGUUCGCGAGGAGCUCGCCAAGGCUGGCACCCUGCGCGUCGCCGAGCGCGCGCUGCUGCUCCACCACUUGCUGGGUAACCUUCACAUCCACGACGCCAGAACCUCGGACGAGUUUGACCGCGGCAAGUUCCUCGGGUUGAUGGUGGAGGAGCUCGGCGGGAGCAGGGGCCACGAGGAGUACGCCGGGGACGACGGCGGUAGGCUCGGACUCGCGUUCAGGAACCUCGGCGCCCUUCACGCGCACGUGGAAAAGGACCUACCGGCGGGGACCGUCGCCGAGCACGACGUUCAGAUUGUGCGAACGCUCGUCGACGAGUGGCGGUGUCAUCUGCCGGGCGGCGGCGGCGCGGCUGCGGCUGCGUCGGCGGCUGCGGCGAGCGCGGCUGCGGCGGCGGCUGCGGCGCCCAAGCCGAAGAACGACCCGGACGACGCGCCAAUCUCCACCCUCGCGUGA